AUGAGUGAUAAUGUAGGAGGUGCACCUGCUGCCGGAGAAGAAAAACCUAAGAGUUGCUUCAGCUUUAAUUAUGAAAAUAUGUUAAAGCUUGCUAAGGUACUAUAAAUAGUCUCAGCACUAUUCUUGAUGGCCAUUGUAAUAGUGAGAUUCGUGUACUUUGUGCAAUUAGGAUCUCUUCCUAACUACAUCAUGACAUUUUAUUUUCCAGUAUUCGCCAUCUAUCUCUUGCUGUUCGAGUGUGGCUGGAUGAGUAUUAGAAGAAAAUUCUACUUAAUGAAUUUCUUUUGGGGCAAAGCUAUAUUUGAUUUCUUUUUGGGCUGUAUGAUUAUCUCUGCGUAUGUAGUUCCCCCUAUUGAUGUUCCCGCUACUAUCUUCUUCUUUGUAACAACUAUUGUUCUCGUCACCAUUAGCAUAUGCUUCAGAAAAGAGGAAAGAGAAAGAAUUGAUCAAGAUCUAGAAGCCAUUAGAAAAUCAGAUGAAGAGCGAGCUAAAAAAUUGGAGGCUAAAAAGCAAAAAGCUCUGGAUCUUGCAAAUAAAGUAUGA